AGCAUCCACUUAUCAGAAAUAAGUUGACGUAGUGAUGGUGACGUAACAAUAGGAGUGAAUUGCACAACCAGUUUUUCGCCCAGCGUUCUCGUGAAUGUCAACUCCUUUCCCCAUUUUCAUUCGUAAAUUUUUAAACAAAAAUUGUUACUAUAAUUUCGUAAUCACCAUAACGUGACUGCCUUCGAUUUUGGGGAGUUUCAGUAAUAGCCGAUGUAUGUAAUCGGGGAAGCCAGCGAAAAAUAGAAUACACUAAAUUAAUUGCCAGCACUCAAGUGUUUGAUGUUUCCUACAACCCUACUUGAGUCAAAUAACAAAAACAAUCGCAAGGUAUACGCUAGAAACGGCUGUAUUGGACAAAUUUUUAUGAGGUAAGAGAAAACCCGAUCGAGUGAAUAUCAUUCCGUGUGACGUCAUAAUGUUAAUUGCUAUUGGCGACCAGCUGACAAUCAGCUGAUCCAAUUUACAAAUCCCAGCAUAUUUGAAGAAAAAUUCCUACGUUGCGGACCUCGUCUACAACUUGCGAUACUUUUUCAAUAUGGAGAAGAAUUUUGAAGGUUUGAAUAUCAUAACAAAAGAGCAGGCAUUUGGGAAACAAACUCAAAAGCCGACGGAAUUGAUGAAGACCAAUCAAUUAGAAUACGGAAAUAAGAUAUCGGCGUCCGAUCUCAUCGAAAAGCCAACUACACGUCGUUCAAGAAGUGUUGAUACUGGUCGCAGAAUGGCAUCUCUUCUAGAACCCCAUCGAUCAAGAAGUGUUUGUAGCAUGGGCAAUAGAUUGGAGAUUGAACUUUGCAAUAGCGGCGAUGGCAACUUCCUGUGUCUACCAAAUAUAGCAAAGACGAACAAUGAGGGAAGAAUCAGUACGGAUAGCGGUUCCGCGCCAAGCAAUCCGGUUGUGACUUCCUUUUCUACUUUUGCGGCCAAGAGCAGUGCGCCUAUUUAUUCUCCGCCACCAACUCGAAAACCAUCAAACCCGAAAUCCGCAAAAGGAAAAUGGAAACGCCGUCAUCAUAGAGUUCACCCCACUGCUGAUAUCUCAGUUUCCGCACCUCCCACAGAUGGGCCGACGCGAGGUGACAAAAAAUCGUCAAAAAUCAAUCGGUUUUUCAAAUUUUCACUGGCAAAAUGGGGUAUGAUGGCGCUGAAACCUCUCACGGUGAUGUCCUCGCCGUUGAUGACUUUUAUGUAAGCAUUUUAUGACUUACAUUAGUUAGGGUAUUAAUAUUUUUAUUUUGUGAACUAUUUGUUUGUUGUAUUGGGUAUUUGGGUCCAUAUUUAGUGUGAUAAAAGAUAGUUUAUAUAUAGUUCAUAAAGUUUUAGUGACUAAAUACCCCUGAGAUGAAUAAUUAAAUCCGAUCCUAAGUA